AAUCCAUCCGAUACUGACUGCUUGGAGAGCGGUCUCUGAUUUUUUCGAACUUUUUUGAACGAAUGUACUCGCUUUUUUAUCGAGUAUAAGAAUGGUUCAUCUCCACAAACUUCAUCGGAGCAGGGCUCACCGACCCGGAUUUGAAUAAUGUGCUCCAGAUGAAAAUAGUGAAACUGGUCGAAGGUAUUUAGUUGUUGUGGAUGGAUCCAUGCUACAAACGAUCAAAAAUUGGGUAUCUUCAUGGUCUUCUAUGACAACUACAAAAGAGUCGCCCUACUCGAUCCCAUGUACACAACCGAACCCAAAACCCCAAUCAAGCUGGAAAAAAUCAAGUUCAUUCCCUACUUUGGAUGCUUCGAAAAAGUCGAAAAAAAGUUUUGAUAAAAUAAAGGAGUUUUAUAUUUUUUCUAGUUUUCCUUUUUUGGUGUUCCUAUGGGUUGAAUCUUACCCACCAUAAUAUCUAUCUGUAAAUGUUUCUUUGAAUUUUUAGUCAUUUGAUCCAUGAUUUCAGGGUUGGAACCUUCGGGCGUCUGUGUGAUGCUCCCCCACUUUUUUUUUGAUUUUUGUAA